GUUAUGAAAAAAUCAGGAGGAGGAGCCAUCAUGAAGGGUUACGAGCCACGUUCAAGUUCUUCUUGUGCCGCCUGCAAAUUCUUGAAGAGAAGGUGCAUCCCUAACUGCAUAUUCGCCCCUUACUUUCGCUCCGACGAGUGCAAGAAAUUCGCCAAAGUUCACAAGGUCUUCGGCGCCAGCAAUGUCAGCAAGAUCCUCGUCGAGGUCCCCGAGGACCAGCGGGAAGACACCGUCAACUCCCUCGCCUACGAGGCCGAGGCCCGCCUCCGCGACCCUGUUUACGGCUGCAUUGGCGCCAUUGCUCUCCUCCAGAGGAAAAUGCUCGAGCUUCAGCACGAUCUCGCCAUUGCCAAGGAUCGUCUUGCUCGCUAUUCUGCUGUUGCUGCUACUGCUGCUGAUGCUACUUCUCUUAUUACUUCUUCCUCUUCUUCCUCCGAUAACAUCUUUCAUUUCAAUCAUUCUCAAGUUUCCUUGCCUCCUUUCCCUGAAUUCCCUUCUUCCUCUGAUUUCAAUGACACUGCUGCUUUCUGCCACGCCUCUUCUUCUUCCUCUCAAUCCUUUCCCACCACUGUAGUCGACGAUUUCAUUCAAAUUCCAUAUAUAUUUUAGAUGUUUUCGAUCUUCAAUUAUUGUCCCUUUCCUUGUUGUUUGUUUUUCUCAAUUUUCUAAUCAAUCAAAACCAGUCACUUUUGUUGUAUAUGCUAAUAAUUCAUAUAAAUAAUUAACAACUCCGUCAAUGAAUUUGCCUGAUCUUCACAUCUUUUUUCCACAAUUUCGACCACGAUGAUUUAAUUUUUGUCGCUUAUAGUUAAGAACUAUUAGAUAAUAAUUAAGUUACAUAUAUUAAAUUAGGUGAAAACUCAAAUGUAAUCGGCUUCACGUGAAGUUGAUAAUUGAAAACUGUUAGAUGAUUUGAUUGAUUUGACUAAAUUUUCAUCUAAUGGCUCUCAUCUAUCAACUUCACGUGAAGUCAACUGCACUGGUUUCAUCUAAUAAUUUUUAGCUAUUAAUUUCGCGUGUAAUUCUCCAUCAUGAAAAAUAUGCUGUCAUUAAUAAGAAAUUGUUUGGAUCAGAAAAAAACAUCUGAGAAAGAAAUUAAACUGAGUCUGACUAAUAAUGAAUCAGUUUGUUUAUGCGAAUUGCAAUGAUAUUCGAUGAUUCGAUGAGAAUUGUGAUAAGAGGGGUGAUUAUUAUAUUCUUGUAGUGAAUUAAGAUGAGAUAUAUGGCUUUUGGGUGAUGUAGACACGAGAACAAUGAGCAUUCAUUGCCAUUAACUAGAUG